GCGGGGCCGCUCCCGCCGCUCCCGCCGCUCCCCGCGCUCAGCCCCGGCCAUGAGGAGGAGGAGGAGGGCGGCGGCUCCGCGCCGAGCCCCCGCCAGAGGCUGAGAUCGCCCCGGAUGCUGCUGAGACCCCUCCAGGACUGACGGGGCUGAGACCACCGCACGCUGCUGAGUCCCCGGACUGACGGGGCUGAACCCCCGGUGGUGCUGAGCCGCCUCGGACACUGCUGAGCCCCUGGACUGGAGGUGCAGGACGCUGCUGGACCCCCCUGGACACUGCCGAACCCCCGGACUGCAGGUGCUGGACCCUCCAGGACACUGCUGAGCCCCCGGAGUGACGGGACUGAGCCCCCCGGGCCCUGCUGAGCCCCCGGACGGGAGGGGCUGCAUCCCCGGGUGAUGCUGAACCCCCCGGGCCGGUUCUGAGCUCGGGGCUCCGCCGCAGGUGAGGCCGGGGGAGCCGUGCCGGGCUCCUGCCGCUCCUCCAGCCCCGGCUCCGCUCUCCCGGGGGCUCCCCUCGCUCCCGGCUCCUCUCUCCCUCUGGAUCCCGUCGCUCCCGGCUCCGCUCUCCCCGAUCCCGCCUUUGCAGGGAGCUUUGCUUAAUCCGGGCUCAGCCGGGCUGGGCCAGCGAGGUGUGACCGGCCCUGACCCAGUCCCGGCGCCGGGAGCUCUCCGGGAAGCGCCGCCGGCUCCGCUGGGGGAGGAUCCGAAGAUCCCUGGAACACCGCGUUGGCUGCUUAUGGCACUUGGAAAAUUACCCAGUGUUGAGUGCUGAGGGAAUUCUGUGGGAGCAUGGCUGGAGCAGGACACGGAGCGUGGGCACGGAGUGCAGGCGGUGAUGCGCGCCGCUCCCCCGCGCCCGCCCGGCCCCGCGCUGCCGGGCUGUGACCCCGCGCUGCCGCCGCCGCCCGGGCCCGCCGGGAGCCAUGAGGAGGCUCGGCUACUGCCGGGUGGUGCUGGCCACGUCCCUGCUCUGGGUGCUGCUCGACGUGUUCCUGCUGCUCUACUUCAGCGAGUGCAACAAGUGUGAGGACAGCAAGGAGCGCUCGCUGCUGCCGGCGCUGCGCGCCGUCAUUUCCCGGAACCAGGAGGGCCCGGGGGAGAUGGGCAGGGCCGUGCUGAUCCCCAAGGAGGAGCAGGAGAAGAUGAAGGAGCUGUUCAAGAUCAACCAGUUCAACCUCCUGGCCAGCGACCGCAUCGCCCUGAACCGCAGCCUGCCCGACGUGCGGCUGGACGGGUGCAAGGGCAAGCUGUACCCGCCGGCGCUGCCCAACACCAGCGUGGUGAUCGUGUUCCACAACGAGGCGUGGAGCACGCUGCUGCGCACGCUGCACAGCGUCAUCGCGCGCUCCCCGCCGCGCCUGCUGGCAGAGAUCGUGCUGGUGGACGACGCCAGCGAGAGAGAGUUCCUGAAGGCGUCCCUGGAGAAUUACGUGAAGAAGCUGGAGGUGCCCGUGCGGAUCCUGCGGAUGGAGCAGCGCUCGGGGCUGAUCCGGGCUCGGCUCCGGGGGGCGGCCGCCUCCAGGGGCCAGGUGAUCACAUUCCUGGAUGCCCACUGCGAGUGCACCCUGGGCUGGCUGGAGCCGCUGCUGGCCAGGAUCAAGGAGGACAGGAAAACCGUGGUGUGUCCCAUCAUCGACGUGAUCAGCGACGACACCUUCGAGUACAUGGCGGGCUCGGACAUGACCUACGGGGGCUUCAACUGGAAGCUGAAUUUCCGCUGGUACCCGGUGCCGCAGCGGGAGAUGGAGCGCAGGAAGGGGGACAGGACCCUGCCCGUCAGGACCCCAACUAUGGCUGGUGGCCUGUUUUCUAUUGACAGGAGCUACUUUGAAGAGAUAGGAACUUACGAUGCAGGAAUGGAUAUCUGGGGUGGCGAGAAUCUUGAAAUGUCCUUUAGGAUCUGGCAGUGCGGGGGCUCCCUGGAGAUUGUCACCUGCUCCCACGUGGGACACGUUUUCCGCAAGGCCACCCCCUACACCUUCCCGGGGGGCACCGGCCACGUCAUCAACAAGAACAACCGCAGGCUGGCCGAGGUGUGGAUGGACGAGUUCAAGGACUUCUUCUACAUCAUCUCCCCGGGGGUGGUGAAGGUGGAUUACGGGGACGUGUCCGCCAGGAAGGCGCUGCGGGAGCGCCUGGGCUGCAAACCCUUCUCGUGGUACCUGGAGAACGUGUACCCCGACUCGCAGAUCCCGCGGCGGUACUACUCCCUGGGAGAGAUCAGGAAUGUUGAAACCAACCAGUGCUUGGACAACAUGGGCCGCAAGGAGAACGAAAAAGUGGGAUUUUUCAACUGCCAUGGCAUGGGAGGGAACCAGGUGUUUUCCUACACGGCGGACAAGGAGAUCCGCACGGACGAUCUGUGCCUGGACGUGUCGCGGCUCAACGGCCCCGUGCUGAUGCUCAAGUGCCACCACCUGAGGGGCAACCAGCUCUGGGAGUACGACGCCGAGAAGCUCACCCUGAGGCACCUGAACAGCAACCAGUGCCUGGCGGAGCCGUCGGAGGAGGACCGGCUGGUGCCCACCAUGCGCGAGUGCGGCGGCGGCCGCUCGCAGCAGUGGCUGCUGCGGAACAUGACCCUGGGGGCCUGAUCCGCCCUCGCCCCGCUCCUCCCGCUCCUCCCGCUCCUCCCGCUGCCCCCGCGGCGCCCAGCCCUCUCCCGGGGUGCUCCCGGUGCCCUCGGAUCCUCCGGGCCUCCAGCGGGUGCCUGCGUGCUCCGGAGAUUCCAGAGGCGCCGCCUGACCGUGGAGGAGUUGGGAUGUGGAGGUGUCGCUGUCACAUGUCACCAUGGAGAGGUGGCCCGGCCUGAGGGCCCUGUGGCACCAGCUGGCACUGGGAGCCAUCCUGGGGGGAGGAGAUCCUGGAGGAUGUCCCGGAGGAUCGCGGGUGUUCUCCCGUGCCCAGUUGGGAUCUGACAGCACCAAAGCCUCCUGGGUGGUGCCGGGAGGAAAUGGGAUCUGGUGGUGGGAACAGCAGGCCAAGACUGCCCUUCACCAGGAAUUCCAACCGAUGGGGCCGCAGGACACCAGGAAUGCUGAGGGGAAGGAGUGACACAGAUGGGACCUCGGAGUGGCACGGAAGGAGCUGUCCCCUCUUCCAUGGGAACAGAGCUGUCCCCUCCUUGGGGAAGGAGCUGUCCCCUCUUCCAUGGGAAUGGAGCUGGGCCAGACCCGGGGCUGAGGGGACACUUGGAAGGACCAGAACUGAGACCUCUGGAGCUUGGAGCGUCUCCAUCCCUGCAUCCCAACACAUCCCUGGAUCCCUGCACCCCACCAGGCCACAGGCACUGCCCCGGCUGUUCCCGCUCCCAGAGGAACCAGGAUGUCCUUUCUGCUUUCAGGGCUUUGGGGCUCGGUCCCUUUGUGGGUGUGGCUGUUCCCAAAGCGCUCCUGGCCCUCGGGAGCUGCUCCCAGCCGGGAUGGGGGGACAGGGACAUUCCCGGAAUGUGCUGGGGACGUUCCUUUGGGAGCCACCCCAAAUGCAGCUGUGGCCCUCUGGGCUGGGAUUUUGGGAAUUCCCGCUGCCCAGAGGGUUCGGGGGACUGAAAUCCCAGGGCAGCGGGAUCCCAGCACGGGUGAGUGGGGAAAUGUUUCCCAGGAUUUCCCUCACAAUUCCCAAAAACCUCUGUAAAUGCACUGGGUCAUUAAAAAUGCCGGUAUUUUCUGUA